ACCUGAAGAUUUAAAGGAGAAGACGGAGAACUGUUCCCUGUUCUCGUCCAUGUUAGUUAGACAGGCUUUAAAAAAUACUUGUAAACUACUUUUAUUGGGUGUUGGUGGUGGGGGGAGAUAUCCGUGAAUAAAACUUGGGAAAAGGGGGUGGGGGAAUAGGGGGAAGCGAGCGCCGUCGGGUCAAAAUGUCUAUCCAGUUCGAGGAGCCGCUGGCGGGCAGCUACGGGGUGGUGGACUCGUUCCCGAAAGAUUUCGGCUAUGGAGUGGAGGAGGGGGACAUCGAGGACAGCCCGGCUCCUUCCGACAGCAAGCCUCGGAUCCUGCUGAUGGGAUUACGGCGGAGCGGCAAAUCGAGUAUUCAGAAGGUGGUGUUCCACAAGAUGUCCCCCAAUGAGACCCUGUUUUUGGAGAGCACCAACAAGAUCUACAAGGACGACAUCUCCAACAGCUCCUUCGUCAACUUCCAGAUCUGGGAUUUCCCCGGCCAGGUGGACUUCUUUGACCCCACCUUUGACUAUGAGAUGAUCUUUCGGGGAACGGGUGCUUUGAUAUUCGUCAUUGACGCACAGGAUGACUAUGUGGAGGCCCUGGGGAGGCUGCACCUCACGGUGUCCAGGGCCUACAGGGUGAACCCCGAGAUCAACUUUGAAGUGUUUAUCCACAAAGUGGAUGGGCUGUCAGACGACCACAAGAUCGAGACCCAAAGGGACAUCCACCAGAGAGCUAACGACGACCUGGCAGACGCCAGCCUGGAGAAGCUACACCUCAGCUUCUACUUAACCAGCAUCUACGAUCACUCGAUAUUUGAGGCUUUCAGCAAAGUUGUCCAGAAGCUCAUUCCCCAGCUGCCAACGCUGGAGAACCUUUUAAACAUCUUUAUAUCAAAUUCAGGGAUAGAAAAGGCCUUUUUGUUCGAUGUGGUCAGUAAGAUCUACAUCGCCACCGACAGCUCUCCAGUGGACAUGCAGUCGUACGAGCUGUGCUGUGACAUGAUUGACGUGGUCAUCGAUGUCUCGUGCAUCUACGGCCUGAAGGACGAUGGCAGUGGCAGCGCCUACGAUAAGGAGUCCAUGGCCAUCAUUAAGCUCAACAACACCACCGUCCUGUACCUGAAGGAGGUCACCAAGUUCCUGGCGCUCGUCUGUAUCCUCAGAGAGGAGAGCUUUGAGCGUAAAGGUUUAAUAGACUACAAUUUCCACUGUUUUCGCAAAGCGAUCCACGAAGUGUUCGAGGUGGGCGUGUCGACCCAGAGACUAGGCACCCCGCAGCCCAGCACGCCCAACAUGAAGACAGUGACCCACAACGGGACUCCCAGGAGCACCGUGUAGAUCAACCCCGAGAGAGUGCCAGACAGACAGAUAGACAGACAGACAGAGAGACGGAGAGACAGGCGUGUCAGUAUGCAAUCUAUAUCCCGGGUUCCACAGCCUCGGUCACAGAGAGAGGACCUGAUCUGCAGAGGCUGCGCUGAAGGCGGUGUGCAGACGGAGAGGCCUGAGGCUCGUGGACCAGGGACCGAAGGGAACGAUGCAAAGAAACUGGAGAGGAGACAUUUGGAAGGAAAAAAAACACAACUGAUUCUGUGUGACUGUGCAAGGCAUGGGUGCCCCAUGCAACAAUGGAAAAAAACAGUAAUUACACAGAGAGAAAGCGCGUCAGCUCUUUCAGCAGGAAGGCCAAACUACUGUAAGCCACACCCCCUACAGGGGCUCUGUAGGCACUGGGUAGCAUCCAGCCACUUACAAAACCAUGCAAACGAUUUACUCAUUAUAGAGAAACAGCCAUGUCUAAUUGGGAUUAGUACAGAGUCUGAAUCUUUCAGACUGGGCUCUAAGCAAUGUUGGGUCUUGCUGACAAAAUAACACUUAAGAUGUAGGCUAUUAGGAGCUUGCACCCCUACUUACAUCUGUACCCAGACCUUUUUUCUUUGGUUUCUCUUUUUAAUAUAUAUAUAUAUUUUGCCUAAAGAAUGUGCACAACAGUUGAAGUAUCUCGUUAAGAGUUGAGUGUCAACCCCCCUCCCUCACAAAGGUAUAGUCAGCCAGGCUGACGGUGGAAAUUGGACUUUAACCCUUUUGAUAAUACUUUCAAUCUUUCACCUUUCACCCCUCUCCACCCUAAAACAAAAAUACCAUGUGAUGUGUCUAAUCACAAGAUCACAGGUAGAAUAUUAGAACUCAGAUGCACAAAAUGCAGCCAAAUCAGAAAUCGGACCCCAUUCCAAGCAUGUCUGUGAUGACAUUUCUUAUAGGUGUUUUGUAUUCGUAUAAUAUGGCUAAUUGCAUUGUAUUUGGGGAUAAGCUUAAAAGAAAAAAAAAAACACAAAAAGUGUGACUAAAUUGCUCACUUUUGCCACUAGCAAACAGAAGGUUAUGCUGUCAGAACUGGGUACUCUUCACAGAAAGCCACUGUCACCUGUAUUUCAGCCAAAAGUAGAUGUCUUCACACAUGACUCUUUCACUUCUGCCAAAGGUUUUUGGCCAUGCACAUUAAAAUAAACACUUGCACAUCUGAAACAAUAUUUAAAAAUGUGCUGAUUUGUUUGCGGUCUGGGCAGAACGUGCAGCUGCCAGGGUGGUGUCGCGGAACAUGCGUCAGCUGGAGAGAGAGCUUUGGAAUGGAGUUUCCUUCAGUGUCACUGGGUCCAAAAAUAUGAUUAUUUUUUGUGUGCUGUAUGUUGGUUUUAAAUGCGAAAAUACUAAAGUUUUCUUUGAUUAUCCUGUGAUUAUUUUUGGUAAUUAGUAGGUGUAUGAAUUACAUGAAGUCAUAUCAGAGUCAUAUUGUUGACAUUUGUUUUUUUUUUUAUUUUAUUUUGAAAUAAGGGGGUUGUCGCUAGGCUUUAAAUGUGCAAAAAUGAUGACAAAAACUAUUGCGUUGUUGGUCAUUACACUCAUGGGGAUUUUUGAAGUCUGAAGAAGGUGGGUGGCAGCAUGGAUGUGUUGUUUGGGAUCACUGUGAGUUAGGAAGUGAAGAGGGGCGUUAUUUUCACAGAUCCCCAGAGUAACUUGCACAGCUUAGAUCCAUAUAUACUGCACAGCUGCACAUUUACUGAAGUGGGUACAUUAGCGGAGAGCACAGAUCUGUGGGUCUGAAUCCACUGGCCUCUGCCUCAACCUGCUGCACUGCCACGCCAUGAAAUCCCAGAUGAAGCCUUUGCCUGUACCCUGCGCUCUCUGUCUG